CUUGAGAAGGCGUUAUCAAAAAAGCUGGAGGAUUUUGAAGGUGAAAUAUCGAGCUAUCAAGAUGAAAUAGAGAUUGAAUUAGAAAACAGUAGACCAAAAGCAAAAGGCGUAUUUGCAAAUUUCAGUAAAGAUGAUUCUAUAGAAGAUAAUACCUCUAGUAUACUUGGUGAGGAGGAGGCAGAAGAUGAGGAACUGGAAGCAGCUGCUAAUCACUUGAACAAAGACUUUUAUAAUGAACUUCAUGAGAAGGAUGGAGUAAAAAAAAAUGAAGAUGAGGAAUGCAAAAAUGGAAGUGGAGCUCUUGUAAGACCACCAGCACUGGAAUCCUUGCUUGGCCCGCUCCCCACUGCAGCUAGUCUUGGCAUAACAGAGUCCAUAAGAGAGUGCAUAUCCACUAAGGACCGAGAGCCUGGUGAGAAUACAGGGGAUGGUGAAUUAGACCUGAGUGGGAUCGAUGACAGUGAAAUAGAUCGGUAUAUACUUAACGAUACAGAAGCUCAGAUAAAAGCAGAGCUGUGGAUGAAAGAAAAUGCAGAUUAUUUGAAGGAACAGAAAGAAAAGGAAGCAAGAAUAGCGAAAGAGAAAGAACUUGGGAUUUAUAAGGAACACAAGCCAAAGAAAUCUGCAAAGAAGCGGGAGCCAAUUCAAGCCAGCACAGCAGGAGAGGCAAUUGAAAAGAUGUUAGAACAGAAGAAAAUCUCAAGUAAAAUUAAUUAUAAUGUGCUAAGGGACCUGAACAGCAAAGGAAGUAACACACCAAAGAAAGAGGAUGACAGCACUGAUGACAGCACCAACACCAAGAAGCUGUCAAGAAGAAAAUCUAUUGCCAGUAGGAAUAUAGCCAACCCUGUAAACAGUGUGGGAAAAAGAUUAAGACCCUUGAUUUCGACACAGCUUGCUAAAAAGGCUGCCACUGAAGAGGUGACCUUUCCAAAUGCACAAGCAGAAGCCCCUAACUUAGAAAAAACAGCAUCUGUGCUAGUGGAGAGUGGCCCAGUAGCUUAUAACGCUGACGAAGAGGUGGAAGAGGAAGAAAUAGAAGAAGAUGACGAUCACUGCAUGAGCGCCCUGCAGUUAAUGGGAGGGAACGAUUAUGGCUGUGAUAUGGAUGAUGAUGAUGGCUAUUAGUUCCAUUUACUUCCAAAGGACAUGGACUGUGUCUUGUUCCCAGCAAAUCUUCAGUCUUCAAACUGUAUGAAUAGUGAAAGAAGCUGUCUAUGGUCAGCAAAAUGUUAUCGAACAAUCCUUACUUUUGUAAAGCGAAUUUUAGGUUGGCAUUGACUCUGGUCAGUUUACAUUGGCCCAUAACCCAGCAAUAACGUUUGGGUUUGUACUUGAAUUUUUUUUUAUUUUGGUGUAUCAUGGUUUGAGGGUGAAAUUCAUGGGAUAAUGUUUCCAGAGAACAAAAGAAAAGAGACAAAAUAGAC